AUGCGCCCGAUCACACCAGCGACCCUCAGCUGGCUUCGCGCAGCUACCGAUGCAGCGUUUCCGAGCAGCGCGCUGGCUUCCCAACCGCACCGUCAGGCGUGUAGAAGCAAAUCCUACUGCAGUUGGAACAAGCAUCAUAGCAACCACUUAGCAUCUCGCGGACGGCACUUCUCCACAACUCACACUCAACGGGCAGAAGCCGCUUCGCCGCCGCAAACUCAUUACCACUUCUUCCCUCGCUCUUUGCCGUCAGGGCCCCCACCACAAGGCGCAUUCGCUGUCGACCUUAACCAGCUGAAGCGGGAAUUUCUUCAGCUGCAGGCUCAAGCGCACCCGGACCGGCACUCCCAAGGAAACAAGCGCAAGGCGGAGGCCAUGUCUGCGCGCAUCAACGAGGCGUACAAGACGCUGGAGGACCCGCUCUUGAGAGCGCAAUAUCUACUGAGUCUACGCGGUAUAGAUGUGGCGGAAGAUGAGAGCGCGAAGGUGGAGGAUCCGGAGUUGCUGAUGGAGGUGCUGGAGGCGAGGGAGGAUAUUGAGGCUGCGGAGUCGGAUGACGAGAUCAGAGCGAUGAAGAAGGUUAAUAGCCAGAGGAUUGAGGAGAGCGUGCGCAUGCUGGAAGAUGCGUUCAUGAGGGACGAUAUGGACUCGGCCAAAUCGGAGGCGGUCAAGCUGAGGUAUUGGAUCAACAUCAAGCAGAGCUUGGAUGAUUGGGAGCCGGGGAAGCCGGUUGUCCUAAUUCAUUGA